AAGUGCACGAACAAAUAAAAACAAACGCACGCCGUAUAGUGAAACUACUCGGGUGUGUGGAAUGUUCAUAAUAUUGUCACCGAGUCGCACAUGAGGUGGCAUUCGUCGAACUAGAACCCCCGAGCCGAGUUGACUGUGAAGUACGCCGUCGAGAAAGAGAGUGAGAUAAGCGAAAGAACCAACAGCAUUUUGCCUGUCGGUACUAUCUGGAACAAAAUUGAUAACAACAAACGGGAGGAAAGAGCUUGAUUGAAAUACUUAGCAGCAUCACCAUUCGCUAUCGAAGCGAUUGAGAUCUGUGCGCGCGUCCCCAAAUCGUCACAUUAUUAUUCGUCUAGCGCGUGUCAAAGGAAUGUAAAUAAUGAUUGAAACUACAGAGCAAUCAAAGGAUUCGAACGACACGGAAGAUGAGGACGACGCUUUGUUACCGGUCAGCUUUAACUGUGAGCGCCACCGUGGCAAGAUAGAGGGAAUCAAUUGCACCACGCAAUGUUGGCGCGUAAGAGACCGUAUGAAGACGGUCAGCGUGGCGCUAGUGUUGUGUCUGAACAUUGGCGUCGAUCCACCGGACGUUGUAAAAAUCGACAAAUGUGCGCGGGUAGAAUGUUGGAUCAAUCCGGCCUCCUAUUCCCCGGGGAAAGCAUUGGAAAUGAUCAGUUACCAGCUGCAGAAGCAGUACGAACGGUGGCAACCCCGUGCACGCUAUCGCUAUUCGCUUGACCCAACGAUGGAAGACGUAAAGAAGCUCUGUACCUCGCUGCGUCGAAAUGCGAAAGAGGAACGGGUGCUGUUCCACUACAACGGUCACGGAGUACCUCGUCCGACGGCAAACGGCGAGAUAUGGGUGUUUAACCGGACGUUCACGCAGUACAUCCCACUGUCGAUCUACGAUCUGCAAACGUGGAUGGGUGCGCCAUCGAUCUAUGUGUACGACUGCUCAAACGCUGGUAUCAUUGUGAACAGCUUCAACAUGUUUGCCGAACAGCACGAAAGCGAAUUGGAACAAAUGCGAAAUCGAAGCGGCAGUACGGCUGGACAACCGCACGCUAGCGCGGAUCUGCAGGCGGACGAAAGCCGUGUAUCACCGUCGCCAUCUGCCGGUGGGACCGGUACGACGACGUACCGGAACUGCAUUCAACUAGCAGCGUGCGCCUCCGAUCAGUUGCUGCCGAUGAAUCCAAACCUUCCAGCCGAUUUGUUUACUUCAUGCCUUACGACACCGGUUAAGAUGGCAUUGCGAUGGUUUACGCUUCAAUCCACCUCGCAGCUUGUCCCGGAAGUGACCGAGGAACUGAUUGAAAAGAUUCCGGGACAGCUUAACGAUAGACGCACGAUGAUGGGAGAGCUGAACUGGAUAUUUACCGCCAUUACGGACACGAUCGCGUGGAAUACGCUUCGGCCUGAGCUGUUUCAGAAACUGUUCAGGCAGGACUUACUCGUAGCGAGUCUGUUCCGUAAUUUCCUGCUUGCCGAGCGCAUACUGCGCGCGUACGAUUGUACACCCAUCUCGAGUCCAGCACUACCCCCUAGCUACCGGCACCCGAUGUGGUCUGCGUGGGAUUUAGCGCUUGAUCAAGCCCUCGCCCAGCUGCCGGACAUCCUAGAGAAGGGAAAACCAUUCCAGCAUUCGCCCUUCUUCGAGGAGCAACUGACGGCGUUUCAAGUGUGGCUGGAAGGCAGCACGGAGCAGCGAAGCCCUCCGGAACAGUUGCCAAUCGUGUUGCAGGUGCUAUUGUCGCAGGUUCACCGCUUGCGUGCCUUGGAGUUGCUGGGACACUUUGUCGAUCUCGGACCGUGGGCCGUUAAUUUGGCACUGAGUGUCGGUAUCUUCCCGUACGUCCUGAAGCUGUUGCAAAGUUCGGCGAAAGAGUUGCGACCCUGCUUGGUGUUCAUUUGGGCGAAAAUAGUAGCGGUCGAUGGAACAUGCCAGAUCGAUCUGAUACGUGAGCAUGGUCACAAGUAUUUCCUUAACGCCCUGCUAGAAACGAAUCCGGGUGGUCAACCGUUUAAGGGCAAUCACCGAACGUACGCUGCCUUCGUGCUGGCCAGCAUUGUGCAUAACUUCCCCAACGGACAGUCGAGUGCACUGCAGGGUCAGCUCGUUUCAAUCUGCCUCGAUCAGCUGAACGACGAUAGUAACCCACUGUUACGACAAUGGUUGGCCAUCUGUCUGGGCCAUCUGUGGCAAAAUUACGAGCAGGCCCGCUGGUCCGGUGUGCGAGACAAUGCGAACGAAAAGCUUUACCCGUUGCUUAGCGAUCCUUAUCCGGAGGUGCGAGCUGCUGCCGUCUACGCACUGGGAACGUUUAUUAGCUCGGUGAAGCAACGAUCCGAUCAUGCAAACAACAUCGAUCGUUCGACGGCGUUGCACCUUUUCGCCACGGUAAGCAACGAUAUGAGUCCGCUCGUGCGCAUGGAGCUAAUAGCGGCAAUCCAGUGGAUGGUACUGUUCUUCGAAUCGCAGUUCGCCGGGACGUUUCUACAGUUGGACAGCCCCGAACGUAGCACGAACCCGAUGAAACGUGUUUCAAGCACAAGCAACAUCCUUGGCGUCGGCAAAACAUCUACGCGGCAAAGCAUGGUUGGCUUUUUUCAAAAACUGUGGAAUGGAUUCAUCUCCCUGUCGAAGGAUCCGUUCCCGGAGGUGGCUACGAUGGCACAGAAAGUUGUCGAUUAUGUACGAGCCGACAGCGCAAAAGAAGUAACGGUUUGCGAGAAAGGCUCACACCAUUCCGGUAGUACGUCCAGCGUAAGUUUGCCUCCAUCGCCAAACACUCGGGUUGGUUUUCUGGCUGGUGAAUCACCACCAACGCAUAGCGGAUUGCACGGCUCGAGCGAUAACGGUGGUAGUCAUAACAGGCUCGCGAAUCAACAAACGCCCUUAGCAAUGAAGAAGCGAAUCCACAUCGUAAACGACAGCCCAUCGAACGAUUACAUCGACGGACAGGAUAAGCCAUCAUACCCGUCCACCCACUCUCUGCAAGCAUCCACCACCCCGCUGAAACCGAUCGUUGGGACGAAAUUUAUCGAAUGGUCGGUCAGCUUUUUUGCCCAACCGUCGAAACGCAUGAACGAAACGAGAGCGGCCGGUACGGACCACAAUUCGUACGAAUUUCUCAUCCGAAAGUCGCGCUGGUUGCGCAACAAAGAGGUACGGGCCGAGGGUCGGUUGCAGCGAAAGAAGGCAAUCUUCAAGCGGCUAGAUGUGCAGAGUUGGUACUGCCGAACGCAGCAUGCGCCAACGAUCAUUAAGCUGAAUCCGUACGACGAGCAGGUGGCUUUUGCCUACAAGGAUCGAGUUAUCGUAGUGAACAUGAAUACGGAAGUGACGCACACUCUUACGCCCCAAAGACAAUCCAUUUACGACAGCUCCAGCAGUCUGAUCAGUAACACCAGCAGCGGGUACCAAUCCUUGCAGCAUCAUGGAACGCAUCGGCUAAUGAAUCAGUCGAUCACUUCUCUUGACCAGCACCAUCCGUCACUUUUCCAGUCACAGCAGCCGCAUUCAUUUCCGCACCACCAAUCGAAGCCGUCGAGUGAAUCGUUACCCACGCAUGGAUUCGGCAGUCACGCGCUCGCCGUUACAUCGCUGGAGUUCCUCAAUGCCCACGACGUCGGUGUAAUAAUGGCCGGGUACAGUGACAGUACGAUACGGCUGUGGCGCCCGAAGGAUACAAGCGAUGAAAAUGAAUUGCUUUCCGCAUGGCACGGUUUGCUGGAUUUCAAUACUUCGAGCGCAGCGAAGGUGAGCUGUACGGAAUCGGCACCGGUAGCGCACGGCAGCAGUACCGCGCCAGGUGGCCUAAUUCUUGCGUGGCACCAGCGUUCGCAAACGAUCAUGGCGGCGGGCGAAGCGAAAUACAUUCGUCUGUGGGAUGCUGAACGGGAGAUGCGUAUCUGUGAUAUUCCGAGCGGGUCCGACACGGCCGUACUGAAGAUGUCCUGCGCGCCGAAUGGUUUACUUGCUGCCGGAUUUUACGACGGAAGUGUUCGCAUAUUCGAUCAGCGCUGUGCACCGUCGGAGACGCGAUGUGCGACGAUACGCGAACACAUUAAUCCCGUGCUGGCCAUCUGUCUGCGGGAUGAUUGCGAAUCGCUCGUGACGGCCGGUGUUGAUGCGGUGGUACGCUUGUACGACAUACGGAAGGCGUACUCCUCCGUACAGCACUGGAGCGCCGGCACGGAUGUGUCGGCAAUGGCCAUCCACACGAGUGCGGACAUUUUGGCCUGUGCGACCAGUCAGAUCACCAUCUACGGGCUUGACGGGGUGGUCCUCAGUACGGGGCGCAGCAACGAAGGAUUUAUGGCUCCCAGGAAGGGGGUAGCCUCGUGUCUGUCGUUCCACAAGUUUAAACUCAACCUGGCGGCGGGAUACAACGACAAUACCGCGGCGGUUCUAGUGCCAUAAGGGAAUAUAGGAUGGCUAACGCGUAGAAACUAAACAACAAACUUUGCUUCAUUCCGCGCAUAUAAUUUGCUUUCGGAUGCAUGCAAAACCAGUAACUUGUAAGCUACAAGGCAACGACACUCGCAGGUAAUGUUGCUCACAAAUCAACUAUUGCCGGUCCAAUCAGCCUGAUAGCAACCGUUGAACCCGUAUCACCCAUUACUAAUACCGUCAGAUUGGAUGGCAACAGAUUUUCAACUGAAAAUCCAGAUACGCCAUUGCGUGGGAUCUCGUUCCCAGUUGCUUGCUAAUACGCUAGCGCCAUGUAAAAUGUAUUUUUUCCAAACGAUGUACGACAACAAAAAAAAUCGCUUAGAAAGCAACACGAAGCAAAGAUGAUUAAAUGGAAUGAAAGUUUCGAAGCAACUUUAAUUGAAAGUUCACAAACAUUUGGUUGUUCCGAAAUCGUGCAAUAUUAACCCCUAAGCCCAUGGUACGUACAUAUCAUGUAGUUGCCUAAAGUUAGUCACUAAUCCGUAGUCGAUGUAGGUAGAAAUAAUGUAAUUAUCUACUUUUUUAUAUGGUUUUAAAUGAUCGAUACCGUAUGUUGUGCAUAUUUAUUAUGUUAAUGUUGCUUAGUAGCUUAGUUUACAACAUGCGUUAGGCAUAUUUCCACAGGUUGUGCUUGGGUUUUGAGUGUUAAUCAAAUUAUUUUUUUGUUUUAUGCAAUAGAUGCAAUAAUGUUGGCAAUAAAACUAUUAUUCAA